AUGGCUGAAAUAGAGCUCCAACCAAGUCGACGCCUCCUGCAGUGCUUAUUAUGCAGGGACUUUUUUAAAUUUCUCUACAUAAACAAACACCGGCCUAUGCAUCGCAGCUCCUGGACACUCCACCUGCAAGAUCUGCGAACCAGGAUGAACUUCAAGAACUUGAGGGAGUACCUGGCUUGGUUGUACUACCAGUACCUGCUCAUCACCGGCAUCUAUGUCCUGGAGCCAUGGGAAAAAUCCAUUUUCAACUCCAUCCUCUUCUCUGCCAUCGCCAUGGUUGUCUACACCUCAUACGUCUUUAUUCCCAUCCACGUGCGCCUUGCGCUGGAGUUUUUCUCUGGGAUCUUUGGCGAGCAGCCCGAGAGCACCGUGGCACUCAUGAACUAAAAGAAGGGAAUAAAAAAAAAACCCAACCUAAAACAAAAUAUGAAGGUAAAGAGACAGCGAACACGUGAAUUAGCAUGAGUCCUUAAAUAAUUUCUUAUAACCCAACUCCUUAGCUCCCGGAGCACCUUGAGCCCUUCUUUUACAACAUGUUCAAUCUAAAUCAGAGCAGUCGGCCACCUCUGCAAAUCACAACUGAAAAUAUGAAGAUCUUAAUGGAAUGAUGUGGAAAUCAGAGCCUUACUAUCUUCUUUACAUCCCAAACCUUCCAGCCUUACCCCAUGGUAUUAGGCACACAGCAGAACAUUGCUUUCACACAUAUCCUGUGAAAUGUCUUAUAUGUUGUUUGUCCUGUUUUGUUUGUUUCUGUUCUUCUUUACCAUAUGUCCUGUGUGAGUGCAUACCACCUGUGUGUUUUGCAUGAUAUGGUCAUAUAUGGGCAGUAGAUUUGCAUGCUCAUCUCACUACAAAAUACUACUACUCUUCUUUCUUUUAUGGGCUUUUAAGCUGCAGCAGUAAAGGAGAUUAAAGCAGUUUUAUUUGGCACCUUCAUAAAAGCUGGAGACCUGUUAGAGGCAGAUUAAAAGGGGAAUUGAAGCCCAAGCUGAGAUACUUGGAUUCUGGCUGUGUUCAAAAUCACUUUUUAAUAAAUAGUGCACCAAUCAUUUUAUAGUGCCUGAAUCCAGUGUGUAAAAUUUAUGCACCAGACAGUAACCUCGAAAGUUUCAAAAACUGCUAUAAAACAAAAUGAUUCCCAAGUGUCUGGGUUCUCGAUCUACAGCUCACUCUCCACAGGGAGAGGUGACUAUGUGGGUGAGAGGUGAUUUUAGACACAGCGAACAACUUCCUUUACAGCCACAGAAGGCAGUAUAAAUCAGGUUCUGUUGGACUUAAUGUGACAGGUAAACUAAACUUGAAAGGUGACAUCAGUGAAGUUUCCCUUUAAUUAUGUCCAUGUUUAUCUAUCUGAUGUUUCUGUGAUGCCAUGCUAUUCCAACAUGCACUCAGUGUUAGUGGUUGAUCUGCGAUUUUGCGUCAGAGCCGCUAUCGCUUUUUUUUUUUUUUUUUUACUUGCCUUUAUGAACUGUAAUGCUGGCUGCCAGGGCACAUUACACAUUUCAUGCUGACAUUAUGUAGCUGAUCUUAAGAGAGAGAACUGAUAGAAAGCCCAACCUAUGCAAUGAGUCUUAAAAUGUUCCCAUUAGGACUCUGAUAAACAAAUUUUCCCACUCAAUAGUAAAAAUAAACAAAACAAAAUAAAAACAGAAUAGAUAUGUGCCGGGCCCUCUCUUUAUCUCUACUUUGUUAACUGUCGGUGUAUCAGGAAGUUGUGCUCAGCUCUGAGCGUGAACAAAUAUUGAUAGAACACACCUUUGUGUUUUAGGCUUGGUUUGGCUAAUUGCAUAACUCUACUUAACAAAGUCUGAACUCAGAGACUAACUGUUUGCUGUCACACACAGAAUACUAAGAUACUACAGGCAAACUGACCCAAAGGAAAAGCAAAGCCCGACUGGCUGACCAAAGUCUUCCUUAUCUAUAGUUGAUCUAUAGAGAAUGAACUGGAAAAUGAGUUUUAGUGUGUCUGGUAGUUGCGAUGAGCAUUGUGCUUAGGAUCAUUUUUGGUUAUUUGUGCUUUGGGUCAGGGGCUCGCUGGUUACAGUUCAAAUAUAAAUUACAUUAAGUUGAUUUUAUGCAUAUGGAGUUAUAUAUUUAUAUACAUUGGUAAAUGCUUGGCUGGUUACAAUGUCAGUUACCAAACCUUUUUGAUUAUUUAUAUCUGUUUUCUCUUGUGGCCAUAAAUUUGUUCUAUGCUUUAUUUCUCUACCUUAAAGUGUUUUUAUAUUGUCGCUUGUUGUAUCAUUUAAUUUCAUUUUGGGUAAACAUGUGCAGAAGUCUCAGAUGUUUCCAGCUCCAAAAGUGAUGAGCUCUUUGAGAAGCUUUUUUUCACUGUUCACAAAAUGAAUGUUUUAUUUAUACAUGACGGUGACACAUCACUGCAAUAAUCAGAAAAAUA